UAGCUGAACCUGAGACUUUCUCCGCGUUGCUAGAGCACCCAUGUCUUACCCACGUUAGCUAGAGCUUCCACUGCAACUUCAGGUCUUAUUAGCAUUCUCCAUCCCACUACCGCGUCUUUGUAUAGAGUAUAGACAUUCCACCAAAACCGCGAUCAUGACCAUAUCAACAGUUUGCUUCAAAUACGGGCUUAAAAGUCCUUCAGUUUGGUCUUCUAAUCCCAGGCCAGGUCGUUUCUUACAAUUCAUUCUUUUCUCUGCUAACAAGCUUAGUCACUCUUUUACCCUCAACUUCUCUUCUUACUUCGCUCUUUUCUAAGCCUUUAAGUCGCUCCUUUACUUUAUUCGUCAUUUUGGACAUUCAUUUGGGCUAGUCACCGUAAUGGCAACGGGAUAUUCACUCACUACGCAUUAUGCCGGCCAGGGGCUGCUUGAUAGCUUCAGUUUCUUUACCGGGAACGAUCCCAGCCAUGGCUUUGUUGAUUACCAAAGUAAAGAGGACGCUUUAGCUAAGAACCUAGUUUCUAUUGAGAGCGAUUCCAAUAGCGUGAGACUCGGCGUUGACUCAAACAAUACGUAUUCGACUAGCGAUAAGGGGCGGCCCAGCGUACGGCUAACGAGUGAUGAUGCGUUUACUCAUGGUCUUUUUAUCGCGGAUAUAUAUCAUAUGCCAGCGUCGACAUGCGGCACUUGGCCUUCAUUUUGGGCUUUCAAUAACCAAGAUAACGGAGCGGAAUGGCCUUCAGGAGGUGAACUGGACAUCAUAGAUGGCGCCAACACCGCCCAACGAAACCUAUACUCUGCUCAUACAACUACAGGAUGCAAAUCUCCUAGUGCUGGUUUCACUGGGAAGCAAGGUCGAGCAAACUGCUCGCCAACCCUUGAUAACAUUGGCUGCGAGACUGUAUCCCCUCCAUCCGACACUACUUCAUAUGGCGACGCUUUUAACGCCGAAGGCGGUGGCGUGUACGCUCUAGAGUGGGAUUCUGAAGACCUGAAAUUAUGGCAUUUCCCACGCUCUACGAUCCCCGAUAACAUCGUGUACGCUCACGUCCUAGGACCUGAUCCUUCGACCUGGGGACCACCACAGGCCGUUUUCGGCGGCUCUUCUUGCAGUCCUGACGAAUACUUCUUCAACAUGAGCCUCGUAUUAAAUAUAAACUUCUGUGGCGAUUAUGCAGGCAAAAUCUGGGGUAAAGCUGACCAGUGCAACCGCCUCGCCCCUACGUGUGAGGAAUUCGUUGCUGGGAAUCCUGAUAGUUUCCAAAGCGCUUACUGGGAUAUCAAUUUCAUCGACGUCUAUCAAAUGGGACCGUUGUCAGAUAUGACGAUAGCGCCCCUUUCCGCCAACGCCACAUCCUCGAGUAUUUCAUCACCAUCUAGCGUAACAGAGGCUCCAACCGGCGUAGUUCCAACUCAUACCCGCACCAUCACGUUAUCCACAAUAAAACCUACCGAGACUGGCGGCGCCGCGAUACAUCCAAGGGACAUUAACGACCACACUCUUCUCGGGUGUUUCCGGCCCCAUGGGAACUACGAGGAAUUCGCGCAGGUUAGGUCGGCGGCAGAUAUGGACAAAAAAGCCUGCGUGUCUGCUUGUGCUGGACACAAGUAUGCUGGUGUGCAGGGCGACACGUGCUACUGCGCCAAUACACUUAGAGAAGCAAGCAGAGUCGAGAAUGAGCGGUGCAAUACGCCGUGUCCUGGAAACGGACACGAAAUCUGCGGCGGUCUCAUCGACUCAGCUUCGACACGAGGAUCGCCCAGCCACUCUCUCCCAACAAAUUCCUCCGCAUCGUCAUCUCAACCUCACCACAGUACCUCUAUGGACGAUAUAUUACUCACAGUCUACGGAAACCUAUCCAACCAACCCGCGCCCCCGGCCGCACCCGCAAUGGGCGGCAGCCACUAUCACCCAUCAGUAAAACCAGCACAUAACCCGACGGUAACAUCCGACGUAACUAUAACAUACACAACCGUAUGUGCCUCAAACCCAGCAAAACUGGUAGAAGUAGAAUACCACACGACAGUAACAUACGCACAAUGCACCUGCACCAAAUCCCACCCCGAGCCAGCCUACCCGACGGCCAAGGUCCCUCCCCCAGCAGCGCUCGCCGCCAUACCCAUGAAAAUGUACAAGGCGACAUGUCAAGCAUGCGGUCCGCACGGCGAGAGUACCGUGACGUUGACCAUGCCAAUAGCUGUGUAUACCUCCAAGGUCGUCGUUACCGCUACGGCCGUGCAGACUGUCAUUCCUUUCAUUAGCAACGGGGCUGGUCUCGCGAACGGGACGACCGCAGCCGUGGCGAUGGCUACUUUCACUCCUCCGCCUCCACCUAGUCCUCGACCUAGUAGCAGUAACGUAAAGCCCCUCGUAGCUGCGGCCCCUCCUCGCAGUGAGACCCUGAGCGCGGUACAAAUGGUUGGCUGGGGCGUGGUGGCGUGGUUUGGUCUGUUUGGGAUUAUGCUUAUCUUAUGAUGAUGUCUACCUACUUUAUAUGUUCUCUUUCUUUAUACUAUUUCAUUUCUUCGGGUCGGUCGGUUGUCUACAUUUCCUUUCCUUGGUCUCUCUUGUAUAACGUAUAUGGUGUGGAGUUCAUGGAAUCGGGGGAGGGUUGGCGUGAUUCGGUUUAUAUCUAGAGACUGCAGCACGGCAGCAUGAUGACGAUGACGAAUUUCUAGAAGUAGGAUUCGGGUUGUAAGCUUUUAUGCUAUGUUCAGUUACCAGCUAGCCCGUGUCAAUA